AGAGAAAAAUGUCUUCAAACGGUGGAAAAUAUGCUGCUAAACUACUUCGAGCUGGAAGAUAAGGAAUUUAAAUCUUCAUUUUGGUACGGAUAUAUAGUAUAGCAUUUCGUCGUUAAUAUAAUAUACAUUGUGAUUAUGCUUUAGUAUAUACGAUAGACUAUUGGUAUUGGGAUUUGCGCAAGGGACAUCAGCUACAUCACAUUGUAUCACACAUCAACGGAACGCCGUUAAUGUAUUACGACAUCAAGCUGCUUGACCAAGCGCCUUCCGACUAUGAAAAAACAUUGCUUGAACAAUACGCAACCAAACAUGGAGAAACGUAUAACGAAGGAUGGCUAAAUGAUAAGAUAAUAAACAAUUUUCUAAUCGAUGUACAAAGAAAAUCUCAGGGUACCAAUCGUGUAGCAGUCAUGAGCAGCUUCAUGUACACAAAACUAUGUAAAUAUGGCGUCCAUUCCAUAACGAAAUGGAUUCAAAAGAACCCAUUCUUUAAAGCAGACCUGUGCUUCAUACCAAUAAAUUGGGACAAUAAUCACUGGAGUCUUGGGGUAGUGGACUUUACUUCAUGUACCAUAUUUCUUUAUGACCCUAUGGCUAUGGCAAUGUUAAGAGAAGAGAGAAAUUUCCACAAAAAAAUUAGAUUACUGAUAGCACACCUUCAGGCAAUAUGCCCAGAAAUGAGUCCACCAGAUGUUAAAUAUUUUGAUAACUCCACAAAAUUUGAACCCAGACAGCUUGAUGGAAGUUCAUGUGGGGUUUUUGUAUGCAUGGUAGCUGAUUAUAUGGUCAAUGGUUUGGAUGUGAACUUUACACAGGAAGACAUACCAUGUUUAAGAAAAUACAUGGCUGUUCGCCUAGCAAAUCCUGAAAAAAACUUCCAAAUACCAAUAAGGAAACAAACUGAACAUUGCAAUGAGGAUGACCAUGCCACAUACACACUUAAAGCAAAGGUUAGAAAUAUUCUGUCUCUAUCAGAUGAUGGCUUAGAGUCUGUCUUUAAAGAAGUAUUAAAGGAAGGUGAUAAAGGAUUCUUAACAAUUAGCUUGGUUUGUAAGCGAUUUAGACAGAUAGUGGGAAGAGACUCUUUUAGACGCACCACUCACUUCGCCUGGUUAAACAGUGUGUGGGAAUGGAAUUCAUCAUCAAAAGAAUUCAAAGAGGAGAAUUACAAAAUGUAUGAAAUAAAAACUUGUUUUCAAUGUGGCAUGUCAUUUAAAGAAAUGUAUGGCUUUAUUGGAAAUGGUAAAUUUGGCGAGUUCAGAAAAUUUUACUCAACUCUUGAAUAUCCAGGAUUCUGCAGUAAAGAGUGCAUUAAAGAAAGCUAAUUAAUAAAGUUGGAAGUAAUUACAUCAGGACUAUAUAUGGCAUAAACCUUUAAGAAAACAUCAUGUUUCAUAAUAUCUGUUGAACAUAAUACCAGGCUGAUAUUUUCACAGAUAGCUGCCACUGUUAAGCCGGUUUUCCACUAGCAAUAUUUUUGCGAAGCGACUUUAUUCCUUUGUAUUUGAGCAAUUUGUUCCAGAUGGUUGCAGUUAAGAGCUCUGGAACAAAUGUAAAAUGUCGAUUCGCACGAAUAAUAUCGCUAGUGGAAAACCGGCUUUAGACACCCUUGAUGGUCAUUGUGUACAUAAUAUACUGACAACUCCACAAAUUUAUCAGAAUCUUCUUUCACCUAUGUCCUUAUGAAACAUUUCAAUUGGACUUUGCUAAAGCCCAAGGGAAAUUUUCAUUGUCUUUGAAAAUAUCAACUUAAAAUUUGUUUGUAAAUAUAUGCUAGUAUUUAGUUGAACAUUGUUGUCCAUUUAUAAUAUUCACAUCUAUAUAAAUCACAUGUAAAAUAUUCACAAUUAUAUAGUUUUAAUAUAUAU